AUGGUGGAAGCAGUACUAAUUGAUCUGUUCAGCCUGCCAUCGAACUUGGAGAACAAUAUCCAGAAUUUACUGUGUAACAUGCUGGGAACUAUUGAAGAAUGCUCUUCCGUCACUGCUCCACUAGUUUAUGUCAUGUGCUGGCAGACACCACAGAGUGAAAGGAAUGGUGAUCGAGAGUCCCUGCUUCCAGCUCUGAGAGAUUUUCAGACUCUAAAGAAAAGCCUGGAGGUGGUACAUGCUCUGACUACAGCUGCUGCUUUGUACACUAUCAAACAAAAACUAGAUGAAAAAGACUUAAGCAUCAUUAAAAUUAUUCUACCUGCCUUCAGAAGGGACUUAAUGAAAGUAUAUAUAGAUCAUCUCUUUACUGCAGUCUACCAGUUUGAAUUUGAGGAUUUACAGAUGGCAUCUGAUUGUAAUAACCUACUGAUAGCUGAACCUCAGACUGAAGGGCAUACACUUCCUACCCAGGACAUAGAGCUCAUCACAAGUGAGAUUCAGACGUAUUUGCAAAGUCUGCCAAGCCUUAAAGGGGAGCUCACCAUCCUCAGAUCUUACCUGAUCCCAGAUAAUAUCUUUGUACAUGGAUUCACCACAAGGACAGGUGGGAUCUCCUACAUACCAACUUUAAGCUCCUGCAAUCUCUUCAGCAGUUCCAAGCGGAGGGACCCACAAGCUGUGGUUAAAGAAAACCUCCGGAGGCUAGCUAAUGCUGCAGGAUUUAACCCCGAGACAUUUCACAGUAUCAAGACUAAUCAUGGUAAUACUGUGUGUAUUAUGGGAAAGACAGAGCCUGACAGUUAUGAUGGAAUAGUUACAAAUCAGAAAGGUGUUACAAUAGCAGCUCCGGGGGCUGAUUGUAUACCUGUACUAUUUGCUGAUCCUGUCAGAAAAGCCUGCGGUGCUGCUCAUUCAGGAUGGAAAGGCACUUUGUUAGGAGUUUCUAUGGCCACAGUAAAUGCUAUGGUAUCUGAAUAUGGCUGUAAUGUGAAAGAUAUCUUUGUGGUCCUGGGUCCAUCUGUAGGACCUUGCUGCUAUAAACUUCCUCAAGAAUCAGCUAAAGAAUUUCACAGAAUUGAUCCAAAGUGUGUGAGACUUUUUGACUCUGCAAGUUCUUAUAUUGAUCUUAGAAGAGCAACACGGAUUCUUCUUGAGACCAGUGGGAUUCUUCCUGAGAACAUCCAAGAUGAUUCUGUCACAGACCAGAAUCAAAAUGUUACUUUCUGUACUUCAUGCCACCCGGAUAAGUUUUAUUCUCACUUUCGCGAUGGCCCUAACUUUGGGACACAGAUUGGCUUCAUAUCAAUCAAAGACUGAGUUAGUAUCUCUUACUCUUGAACAGUAUUUGGACAAUGUCUGGUGCAUUGCCUGGCAUCCUGCUCUCUAGUAGGUCUUCAUUCUUCUUUUCAUGGACUUUCAAUAAGCAAUUCACAGGUCUUGGGAUUCUCCUGCUUUCCUUCCUGCCAUUCUGAGACAAGAAGAAAUAGCUAAGGUAUGAGGCCAAUAAUUCUUGUGGGAGAUAAGCCAAAGAGAACAAGAACAACCUCCACCGAUGACAAAGCCCCUCUGAAAUACAGGAUGCAAGCUCCCGUUGUCUUGACCAAAUGUUUCCCAGAAACCUCAGUGCCUUAAGAUUGUGAAAGCACAAAAGCCAAAGUCAGCAUUAGCUUCUGAAUGAACUGUGACAUACUGAUACAGGAAACCUGUAUUGCAUGUUAAUUGUUUGGGAACACCCAAUUUCAGUGACUUCAUGUGAAGAUUAACCAUAGAGAAUGAUGUGCCUGGACUUGUUUUUGUUCUUCGGAUUAGUUUAAAGAAAGCGCCAAAAUACUUACAGGGCUUUCCCUAUAGAAAAAUAAGUUAUAUGACUGAGGUGCAAACUCAUGAACCCUUACCCUUCUGUAUUGUUUUCAUUGUAUGAAGGAUAGAACUAAGACUCUUAAUAUGAUAUGACAUCUGUGCUUAUGUUCCUUUAGCGUUUUUCAUUAAUCUAUUGUCUCUCAGGUAAUCUCCAUUGAGACUUUCUGAACAGUCCUCAGUUAUUUGCUAAAUAUCUUUAAAAGAAUAUGAAUUUAGGCAGAAGAUCAGCUAAUUUUACCGACCAAUAGCUGACUUACCUGUUUUGCUAACAAAACCCAAAGCUGCCCAUUUUUCUUAUGCUCCUAUACUUUGCAGACAUCUCCAUAGAUGUGACUGUUCCUGACACAAAAACAGUGGGAACCUCCUUAUAGUUCAAUCCUUUUUCUUUCAGGUCUAAAACUGUUUACUGUAGCUUGCAGAGUUCCCAAGCAUGAGUUUUGGGAGGACUGUCCGUAGGCGGUACUUUCCAUUUUUGAAUCUAAAGAGCUUUAGAAAUUAUAGAAUAUUUUGCCCACUAGAGGUCAGUGUUCACUUACUCUGGGCUUCCACCCCUGCCUGUACUGUGUGGCUGGCUUUUCAAACAGCAUUUUGCAAAGCAUUGAAUAGCAUAUGCUCUUACUUUUGCCAGUGCAGUCAUCUGCCAAGUUGUUCUGGUAUCUCUGCUUGAAGAGUAGCCUGUUUUUCAUUUUACUGGACUGUCAUUCAAAGCUUUUCAUCCUUGUCCUCUUGGAGAACAGAUUUUUGUAAAAACUUUCUUUUAAUUGUGAAUGAUAUUACUUAGAUAAGAGUGGUUCUGAUUAAGUUACCCUGUGGUUAUAGCUGUCUACCAAAAAUUAUUUCUUCCAAUUCCUCUACCUCUUAUUUAGAAAUAUUAUUAGGUACUUCUCUCCUGUUGUAGUACU